AUGGGCAAAACGAAAGCCUGCUUUUUAGGGUUCUUGGGCAAACAAGAAAGGGGCGAAAGAAAACGAAAUGAAAGCGCAUUCUCGCCCCGCCGGCAAUGCGCUCUUCGUCUUCCAUCUCGUCGCGUUUCUCUGGUGAGGAUUUCUAGCGCCUUGUGCUCUUCCAAUCGAUUGCUUUUCAGGUUUUUGUACACCUUUAGCUGGCAUUUUGGCCGCGCAGCGAGCAAGCUCCCCCAGUCGCAAGGAUUUGGCUGGUUCUUCAAGUAUCUCACUUUCUGUGGAUUCACGUUGCAAUUGGUAUCACUGCUCGUCUGCCUCUUGUCCCACCUAUUUCCGGAGAGUCGAGGCUUGAAGCGCGCGGCGGAUGAUUUGUCUUGCACCACCUUCGCGAUUGCCAAUGUCAUCACGGCCAUGCACUGGGUUCUCUACUUCACUACCGCAGCUCCAGUCGAAGCAUCUGCCACUGCCAAAAUCGAGACCACCGUCACUCGGAGUUUAAACGUCCAGACUUCUUCACCACUGUGGCUGAAUCUCACAGUCCAUUUGGCGAACGCCAUUGUCGCCUGGACCGACGUCCACGUUUCCGAUAGAACUUUCAGGAAGUCGUCACUCAACCAGUCUCUCAUCUUCUGCCUUGUCUACACCACCUGGAUCCAAGUCUGUGCCUUCAAGAACAAGAUGUAUCCAUACCCGUUCCUCAACAAGCUCCCGCAGCCGGAAGGAUUCAUCGCCACGGUCGCGGUCGCGGUGACCCUCACCUUCGCCUUCUUCAAAGCCGGCUCCACAUUGGCGAGCGUCCAAACCUCCCGGCGACUAGCCAAGCUCAAAGCCAUGUAAGUCCAUCUUUCUCCUUCAUAAAAGAGCUAAAAAUCUACUUUUUCAAUCUUUCUUUCGAGCAUCAAAAAGCUCGCGAAAACCCUUAGCGCGAGGGCUUUAGCAGCAUGUCGGACUACAGCGACUCCGAAGACGACUACGACGAUCGCGAAGCGGACAUAGCUUGCGACUGGAGCGAUGGCCCCAAGCAGCAAAACGACCCGCUCUUCAAGCUCCACUGCCAGCUCUGCUCGUGUCCGCUCGCCGUCACGUUCCACUCGUCCAUCGGCGCCGUGGAUUUCAGCGAGCGCCAGGCCGUGGUGGCGGUCCUCCCGUGCAACCAUUGCUUCCACUCGGUGUGCCUCGACGACUACUCGUCUUCGUCCCAGCAGCUCCGGUGCCCGGUUUUCAAAGGACCGUCUCUGGCGUGUGCCGAGUUCCAGGAGCGGCAGAGGCUGGCGGAGCAGCACCAGCGCGAGAGGGAGAGGCUGGCGGAGCGGCGGCGCGAGAAAGAGAGGCUGGCGGCGCAGCAGCGGCUCGAGCAGGAGGCUGCGAGAACUGCUUCAUCCAAAGGUAAGAGUAAGAAGGGUGGCGCCAUCGCCACCGCCACCGCUGCGAUCGCGAAAGCUGUGGGCUUGAAGAAGAACACGAAGAAGAAGGGAGCGUCGCACAUAGCAUCCAAGAAGACAGGAAAAAAGUGAUUUUUUUCGUUC